AUGAAGAACGUUUCUCUCAAGAUUUCACUCUUGAUCUUCAUUUUGGUCAUCACAUCUAAUCUUGGAACAGAAGCAAGAGAGCUAAGCGGAGUCGAAGUUAUCGCCGGAAGUGGCACCAGCAGAACAGUGCAGCAGGAACGUCCACCUUGCAAGAGGGAUGUCGACUGUUCCUUUGCAUGUCCCAAUGGAGGCUUUUGCAACGAUCGCCUUGGGACUUGUGAUUGUUUCUAA